AUGUCGACCAAAAAACAUUUACGGAGUCAAGCAAAAGAAAUUACUGCGAAAGUGUACCGCAGAAUGAAAUAUGAAGCGGAAAAUGGAGUGGAAAAACUAUCUGACGCUAGAUGGCGAACUGCUCAAGCCGUUGGUGUUAAUCGCCCUCAAAACCAAAAAAGGAAGCGGACCAAGUCUAACCUGGAUGAUUUUGAUAUGGGUAUACUUCGCAGAACGAUAGCGACAUUUCAUACAGAAUUUAAUGAAUUACCAACGUUAAGAAAGCUGAAACAAGUAUUAACAGAAAGAAUUGGUUUUAACGGUUGUAUAGAAACUCUGCGUAUCAUUUUGAAGGAAUCGGGCUACGAGUGGUCUAAAAUAGAUGACAACCGUAAAGCUUUAGUAGAAAAGCAUGAUAUCCAAAUGUUACGCUUUCAAUAUUCGAGGCAAUUAAAAAAAUAUCGUGACGAGGGCCGCUAUAUCGUAUACACAGAUGAAAGUUAUGUUCAUACAACACAUCUGCAAAACAUGUGCUGGAAACCAGUCAAAGGAGUAUCAGCAGUGCAAAAAAAGUUGUCGAAAGGUACUCGGGUCAUAAUUGUUCACGCUGGUGGAUGUGAAGGAUUUGUUCCAAAUACUAGUUUGGUGUAUAAAGCAAACUACACAAGUGGAGAUUAUCACGACAACAUGAAUCUGGAUAAUUAUAAGAAAUGGCUCACCACACAAUUACUGCCCAAUCUCCCGGUAAAGGCUGUCAUCGUUGUGGAUAACGCUUCUUACCACAAUGCUUUAUUAGAAAAAGCUCCCAACUCCAACUCAAAUAAGCAAGUCAUGCAAACGUGGCUUGCAGAAAAAAAUAUUCAGUUUGACGAAUCAAUGAAAAAAAUUGAACUGUACGAUCUUAUUUUAAAAAAUAAGGACAGAUUCAAGAGGUUCGUUAUUGACGAACUGAUUCAAUCAAAAGGGUUUGAAAUUCUACGACUACCACCUUAUCACCCGGAACUAAAUCCAAUUGAAAAUAUAUGGGGGAUAUUAAAAAACUACGUGGCUAAUAAAAAUGUUUCACAAAAUUUUACAUCCAUUAUGUCACUUAUAAGUGAACGACUCGAAAUGAUUGAUAGUACUAUGUGGGCAAAUGCAUGUCGGCAUGUUGAAGACACAGAAAAACAGUAUUUGCAAUAUUUUGACAUGGACUUUGAAUUUAUUAUUUCUGUUAAUGACUCUGAUUCAGAUGAAAGUGAAUCUAUGGAGAUGAGUGAAUAG